AUGUUCAUUACGCUUCUCCUCCACCAAGACCGAACUCUACCCAAGUGGCCUUCGAUGAUCACCAUAAACGCUCUUAUUGCCGUGUUUAGCGCGAUUUUAAAGGCGUGCCUGAUGAUGCCGAUAGCCGAGGGCUUGAGCCAGUUGAAAUGGUUGUGGUACGAAAAGCCAAGGCCUAUGAAACACAUCGCGCAGUGGGACAUGGCAAGUCGAGGCCCGUGGGGAUCCCUUCUCCUGAUUUUCGUCCUCAGGGGCCGGAAUCUGGCCGUAUUCGGCGCCAUUCUUACAAUUUUCGCCAUGGCCGUGGACCCCUUUGCACAACAAAUUGUUCAUUACUACAGCUGCUCAGUGAUGGCGCACGGCGAGGUUGGAGCAAUUUCAUUUUCAAACAACUACACUGAUGGUAUUAUGGGACGGCCAUCGGGCACGCCUGCAAUUGACUCACAAAUGCAGUCAGCCAUAUACGUAGGGCUACUUGACCCCCCUGCGAAUGUUUCUGCCGCCGUCAGCUACACGUGUAGGACGGGAAACUGCACAUUCACGGCUACCGAAGACGGUGCCACGUUCAUGUCACUUUCGCUACAAAGCCAGUGUACGGACAUCAGCGACAAAAUAUCACAUUCAUUGAAUUCCACCAGAAAUUCCAAUAACCAGACCUAUACUUACAAGACUGCCAGCUUGCUGGAUUAUGGCAUAGCCCUCGACAACAUUACGAACAAUGUAAUGCAGUCGGGUGUACGGCGCUCCUCCAAUGGGACACCAUCGAAUUUCCUCACGAAGAUCUCUUUUAUGAUGGCUUCGACCGUUUCCAAAAAGUCAAUGAAGGCCUUUGAGUGCGAAUUUUUUCCCGCCGUAACGACUUGGAGCUCCAAUGUCACGAACGGCGUUCUCGUAGAAUAUGUGGUCGAAACACAGCGUAUGGAUGUCGAGCUUAUUCCAUUUGCCACGCAUAGCAUUUUCCGCGCCAACAGAACCAUCAGAAAUGGGGCUUGGCACGAAUGCCAAGGACUGUCUGGCCCAUCUCAAGAUAACAGUUUACCGAUCAUCGCAUUUCCCACAGGCCCUGGUACCAUUGUUGGAUCGGGGUAUUUGAGAGAGGUUCUCACCAACAAAUCCUCCAAUUACUGGAAUUACACCACCUGGUGGCCCUCAGAUUGCAUUUUUUCUAUCCCCUACGCCCCAACAGCUGGCUUGGCAGCGGUUAUUUCUUCGUUGCUCGGCAACGAAACACUUUGGUGGGAUCCAUGGACGAGCAGGGCUACAGGCAACCUUUGGUCGGUAAAUCUAUGGGCCGGCGGCAAUGCGACUCGCGAUACUGUGCAGCAUGCCAUGAGAGGCCUGGCUGAUUCGAUAACAGCACGUUGGCGGAAUGGCGAUGGAGAUAAGAGUAUCCGAGUAGGCCCCGCGCAGGGCGUUGUGUGGGAGCAACAAACCUGCGUCCACGUCAACUGGGCAUGGCUUUCGUUGCCAGCGGCGAUGGUGUUGCUUACAGCGGUGUUCCUUGCUUUGACAGUCAUACAAACGAGCUUCAGCGAUAGGCCUCCCUGGAAGAGCUCAAUGUUGGCAACACUUUUCAACGGACUGGAUGAGAAGACAAAGGACGCUGCAGGGCCGGUGAUGAGCUUGCAGGAGAUGCAAGUCGCUGCAGAUACGACCAACAUGCAGCUUAAAAUGACUCAAGGGGGAUUUCGUCUUGUCGGUUCAAGUUAG